CCUGUGGAUCUGUGAACUCCGCCCCCAACAUGGCAGCGUCUAGAUUACCUCCAGCGGCUCUGAGUCUCAAACAGUUUUUACAGAGGCAGAAGGUUCUGGGCGUGUACAGAAAUUUGCUCCGAAUCAUCCACAAAAUACCUGAUGAGUCUGAUCGCAGGUAUAUGAGAGACUGGGCCAGAGAAGAGUUCAAGAGGAACAAGAGCGAAACAAACCAGGAUGUUAUUCGUAUGAUGAUCACUCAAGCUCAAAAUCAUCUGGAGGAUUUGAGAAAAUCUCUUUCACUGGCUGGAUGCUAAAACAUCAUUCAUAUACUGCACACUACAAGAGACUGUCAAUUCUUUAUUUACCUACAACUCAAACUGGAAUAUUUGCCAUGUAUCAACAAAAAGCAAAGAGAACACACUUUUUAUGGUGUAUUUAUGUUUGUAUAUUUGUAAUGCACAAAUAUUCAUCAUUUUCCUUUGCCAAAUCUAAAUAAAUGCCAGAGUAAUAUUUCAA